AUGAUCGCCGGCGAAGCGCUACUCGCGCUCAGCAGUCGUGAACGCGCUCUUAUCGCGGCACUCACAGGCCGUUGUAGUGAGUGCUUUUCAAAUGGAGUCGCUUGUUUGGAUGAACAAACCUUUGCUGUUUGCAUUGAUAAUAUACCAACCGCUGUGAGUACACCAUGUCCAGCGGCAACUGUUUGCACAGCCGAGCAAGCAAUUUGUUUGGCAACCGCUCAAGGUGCUUUGCCCGUUUGCUAUGAGGAUCAAUGUGGAACUUGCACAUCCGUUCAGAGGAAUUUCACCUGCCUGGAUGUGGACACUUAUGCCCUGUGCUUCGAUGGGCAGACACCAGCGCCAAGUUCGAUUGACUCCUGUCCGCAGGGUUAUGUGUGCGAUUUGACAAGCUCCGAUGUUUGUUCACCUUCGCAAACAACAAUUCCGUCAUGCAUAUCAGGAACGAACUCAACUACUACUACAACAACCGAUGCAACAACUGAAACGACAACUGACACAACGACUUUAACAACAACAACAACAUCGACAAUUGACACAACUACUGGUACAACAACUAUUUCAACAGCCGAAACAACAACCGAUACAACGACCCAAACAACAUCCGGUUCGGCAACCAACUUGACAACCGAAACCACAACUGAUUCAACAACUACCACCUCAUCGACAACAACGCCUUCAAUCACCGCUUCAACUACAACUUCUACGACUGAUUCAACCACCGAUACAACAACACCAACAACCACUACUACUACGCUAUCUACUACAACUCGAGCUCCUAACACAUUUUGCGCUGAAAUCGGGCAGACGGGCAAUUUCAGACCCGAUGGGGACACAACGUGUGCCGUCUACAUCAAUUGCUACUUGCUUUCCGGCCAAUACUUGGGUUGGAAAUAUACAUGCCGGUAUUAUUUUAAUGCAGCAACUGGACUGUGUCAGACCGAAAGGCCUGCAGAUUGUUAA